GUAUUUUUCACGGUACUACAUUAUAAUUCGUAGAUGUAAUUUUUAUAAAUGACGAUUGUGACCAGUAUUUAAAAUUGGACUUUGGGAAUGCAUUAUUUAUGGAAGGGUUGGUUAUAUGCUUACCGGAAAUGAUACCAUUAAUUAAUAAGCAGAAUCCUCAACAUGGCAGACGAUAUGAUGCUCCAAAAGUGGACGAUUGCAUUCAAGCUUCUCGAUUUCAACAAAAAUGACGUUCUGUCAAUCGAUGACAGGGAAGCGUGCAAACGGUCGUUCAGGGAAAUCUACCAACCCGAUGACACACAUUCUCCCGUCAUGAUGAGUCACAUAGAUAACUUUUGGGCGAAAUCUAUGUUUCUCACUAACGAACCAGACUGGUCCAAAAUUAUUCAGCUCGAUGACUUCAUAUCCAGUCGACGAAAGGCCUAUGAGCAAGACGGCAAGGCGGUCCGCAACACUAUCCACCAGGCGACCAUGUCUUUUAUCAGUGCCGGCGACAUUUCCGGGACCGGACGUUUAUCGUUCGACGAGUUCAAGAAGCUGCACGAGGCGCUGAACCAGAAAGACGAGAAGUUCAUCAAGAUCAUGUUCGACGCCAUCGGGCCUGACGCCGACGGAAGAGUAAGCAACGUGCAGAUCUCCGACUUCUACACAGAGCUUACCAUGGGGGCAGACUCCACCAAACAUAAGCAGUACCUUGCAGCCUUGGCAGCCGCGGGCUUUAUGUAAUAUGCAAAAUGGCAGUUCAACUUAACCUGAUUAUAAAAUGUCGUUUUAGAGAUGCUUUAUUUUAACCAACGUAUAACCGGGGAACAUCGACGGUCAAUACGGUAUAGAUAUUACAAACACUCAAUUAAAUAUUGAUUUUUAUAACUAUCAAAACGUGGCCCCAGGGACACUUCUAGCGGGCGAGAGAAAAUCAAAAGUAGUAUUAAGAUCGCUAGGAUGAACUGAUCAUGAUGUACCACUAUUCGCAUUUUCACUAUAACGAUAACGGACCUGUAAUUACGUAAACUUCUCAUUAAAGAAACUGAUUUUGGUAGGCGCGUGUUCGAUGCCCCAUAGAGGAACGACUGGAAGCUUUUUGUCGUUGCAUACAUUUUUUCUUAAUGGUUUCGGAAUCUGACAUUGUCUGUAGAUAAAUUUCUUUAACAAUUGAGGUAAUUAGCAUUGUUUAAUAGUUGCCUAUAGUUAGGGACAAAAACUGUCGAUAUUCUACUAAAAUUGUAUAUUUGAUACAUGUAGAUUCUUUAUAGCUGCAUAACCAACGUUAACAUUAUAAGCUGAAAUAAAAAAAAACUGGUAGGCAAA